UUAGAUCACUUGAUUGCAAGUUGCCACUAUCCUUCCAUGUUUGAUUCAAAAAGGGUAGCUUCUGAAUAAACCAAAUACCAAUUUCAGUGUGUUAAACAAAAUAUAUAUAAUAUAUUUGUGAAGUGAAGUCGCGUUUAGCCUGAGUUCGCAGCCAUGGCCACUCACGCAGCUCUGGCUUCCACUAGAAUCCCCACCAACACAAGGCUUCCUUCCAGGACUUCCUACUCUUUCACCACUCGCUGCUCAUCCAAGAGGCUGGAUGUGGCUGAAUUCAAUGGGCUUAGAUCUGCUUCCCUGACCUUCUCCAACAAUGGCAGAGAAGGAUCUUUCUUCGACGUCGUGGCUGCUCAACUUACCCCCAAGGCAGUAGGAUCAACUCCCGUUAGAGGAGAAACAGUGGCUAAACUCAAGGUGGCAAUCAAUGGAUUUGGACGUAUCGGUAGAAACUUUCUGCGGUGCUGGCAUGGCAGGAAAGACUCACCUCUUGACGUUGUAGUUGUCAAUGACAGUGGUGGUGUCAAGAAUGCCUCCCACUUGCUAAAAUAUGAUUCCAUGCUGGGAACUUUCAAAGCAGAGGUGAAAAUUGUGGACAAUGAAACCAUAUCAGUUGAUGGUAAGCCAAUCAAAGUUGUUUCAAGCAGAGACCCCCUCAAGCUUCCUUGGGGCGAACUUGGCAUCGACAUCGUUAUUGAGGGUACAGGAGUGUUUGUGGAUGGCCCAGGAGCAGGGAAACACAUCCAAGCAGGUGCAAAGAAGGUUAUCAUCACUGCUCCUGCAAAAGGUGCUGAUAUUCCAACAUAUGUUGUUGGGGUGAAUGAAAAAGAUUACUACCAUGAUGUCGCAAACAUCAUUAGCAAUGCCUCUUGCACCACCAAUUGUCUUGCGCCAUUUGUGAAGAUCAUCGACGAGGAAUUCGGCAUUGUGAAGGGAACCAUGACAACCACUCACUCCUACACCGGAGACCAGAGACUUUUGGAUGCAUCACACCGUGACUUGAGGCGAGCGAGGGCUGCAGCUUUGAACAUUGUCCCUACAAGCACUGGUGCAGCAAAGGCCGUGUCCCUUGUGCUGCCCCAGCUUAAGGGCAAGCUCAAUGGUAUUGCACUUCGUGUGCCUACUCCAAACGUUUCAGUUGUCGAUCUCGUUGUGAACAUUGAGAAGAAAGGCAUCUCCGCAGAUGAUGUCAAUGCUGCCUUCAGAAAGGCAGCUGAUGGACCAUUGAAGGGCGUUUUAGCUGUGUGUGAUAUCCCUCUUGUUUCUGUGGACUUCAAGUGUACUGAUGUUUCCUCCACAAUUGACUCUUCAUUAACAAUGGUGAUGGGAGAUGAUAUGCUCAAGGUCGUUGCCUGGUAUGACAAUGAAUGGGGAUACAGCCAAAGAGUUGUUGACUUGGCUCAUUUGGUGGCAAACAAAUGGCCGGGAGCAGGAUCGGGAAAAAGUGGAGAUCCAUUGGAGGACUUCUGCCAGACUAACCCAGCUGAUGAAGAGUGCAAAGUCUAUGAAGCUUAGGCAUCAUGUCUCUUGCUGGCUGCUUUGAGUCUAUGUUGUUAUUGUGCAUGAAUGUAUAAUGCUUGUUUUGAAUUCAAAUUCAAGCAAGAGAUUUUAAUCUAUCCAUUUAUAAAAUUUGAAGGCAGUAUUCUAGAGCUGCAAUAACCUUUUCAAAAAGGGACAGAAAUGAACGAAAAACAACAUGGACCAUCACCAUUAUUUCCUUCCUUA